UGCCGUCUCAAAGUGAACAGCUGCGAUUUAAGACGAGUUUAUGAGAGAGUUCCCGAGUCUGAAGACAGCAACACUACGCUCUACACUUACCAGACUAUAAACGCAGCCGACACUCAUCUUCGUGGCAAUGGCUUUCCAACGCCUCGUUCGAUUUGUGCCCAAGGGACUCAGCAGCAAGAUCCUCAUUGGCGAGCCUGUUGAUAGCGCCGUCGACGUGGGCGUUGCCGUCCGCAAGGGCUUGGAUGUCAAGGUCAAGGUGUUCAGCGGCGCCUCGGUGCUAGAUGCCGGCUCAGCCACGGACGAGGUCGCCGUCAUCGACCGAGUGCUCGCGCCCCUGACGCAGUCCGAGGUCGGCACCAUCCGCUGCAUCGGGUUAAAUUACAAGAGGCAUGCCGAGGAGGCCAAAAUGUCAAUUCCGGACAUUCCGACCUUGUUUCUCAAGCCAGCAACGUCGCUCGCCGACCCGUGGCCGGCGCCGACCAUCAUCCCCAAGCACACGCUCGCGUCGGACACGGCAGACUACGAGUCGGAGCUGGCCAUUGUCAUCGGCAAGGAGGCCAAGAAUGUGUCCGAGGCCGACGCGCUCGACUACGUGCUCGGCUACACGGCCUGCAACGACAUCUCCAGCCGCGCCUCGCAGUUCGCCCAGACCCAGUGGUGCUACUCCAAGGGCUUCGACGGCGCCUGCCCCAUCGGCCCCGUGCUCGUGUCCAAGGCCCUGAUCCCAAACCCCGGCGACCUCAAGCUCCGUGGCAUCAAGAACGGGAAGGUCCUGCAGGAUAGCCCGUUGACCGACCUCAUCUUCUCGGUCCCCAAGGUCGUCAGCUUCCUGUCACAGGGCACGACGCUGCCCAAGGGCACCGUCAUCAUCACCGGCACGCCGGCCGGCGUCGGCAUGGCCAAGAACCCCAAAGAGCUGCUGCACGAGGGCGACGAGUUCGUCGUCGAGAUCCUGCCCCACAUCGGCAGCUUGUACAAUGUCAUGGAGAACGAGAAAUAGAGGGCUAGCAAUGGGAUGGGUUAGUGGUGGCGGGAUGAGCGAGCGAGGGUUGGUAAGGAAGUUGAGGUAGAUACCUAGGUAUUUCUAGCUCAAAUAUGGACUGACUGGCUGACAUACUGCUGCCAUCUGACGGACACUGCGUAGCUCUACGGUGUUUCUUCUCUGUCUGAGCGUUGUGUUUUCGAGGUUGGUAGUGUGUGCUCUGGUUUAUUACCGCAUACACACGCACACUGAAUAUGUCUUGGUUCAUUCACAGCUGUCUAGAGGCGAAAGUAAACGGUAAAGGCGUUCCAUUAUAUAAUUGUAAUUCUUAGUU